UCACUCCGGCGGGGAGGGGGAUGAGCGCCCACCUGAUUGGUCAAGGUCCCUCACACGGCCACGCCUUCCGUCCCGCUUCCCAGCCGUGCUGGAGCAGGGAUGGGGCGCGUGACGGGGGAUGCGCAUGCGCAGUGCCAGGAGGCGGAGGAGGAGUCCAGCUGGUUAAUGGCGGCCGCGCGCGCGUUGUAACGGUAGUUCGGUGGCUGCUGCGGGUGGCCGGCCGGGUGAUGGCGGAGAGCGGCGCGUGGCUGCUCGUGCUGAGCUCGGUGUUUCUGUGCAACCUUCUCAAAAUCCUCCUGCCCUCCUGCUCCUCCAUCAUAUCCAGAUUGCUACAGAAGGAUGCAGAGCAGGAGUCCCAGAUGAGAGCUGACAUUCAGAACAUGAAGCAAGAACUCUCAACCAUUAGUAUGAUGGAUGAGUUUGCUAGAUAUGCCCGACUGGAAAGAAAGAUUAACAAAAUGACUGACAAACUUAAAACUCAUGUCAAAGCACGAACUGCUCAAUUAGCCAAAAUAAAGUGGGUGAUAAAUAUUGUAUUCUAUAUUCUACAAGCUGCUUUGAUGAUCUCACUAAUUUGGAAAUAUUAUUCUGAGCCAGUUACUGUGCUUCCAAGCAAAUGGCUAGCCCCACUGGAGCGUUUAGUAGCCUUUCCUACUGGAGUGGCAGGUGGUGUUGGAAUUACAUGCUGGCUUGUGGUCUGCAACAAAGUUGUGGCCAUUAUGCUUCACCCUUUCAGCUGAGAAGGAAUCCCAGAAUUCUGAACUGCAUUUCCAUUAUUAUAGUUAGAAAGUGGAGUCCUGAAGUCUUUUACGAGAGACAAAAUACAGAGCUUGCCCUAAGUACUUCAUUCCUGGUGUAUAAAGGGGGAAAAGCCCUUUCUAUCUAAGGAAGCAAUUGUUGUAUACAGUGUAAUAAUUAAGCAUGAAUUAAUUUUCAUCUUUUAUUAUUUCAAUUGAAUAUUUAUCAAUAAGGUUUAUUGGUCAGACCUUCUUCUCUUGAUUUAUCCCUCAAGUUCUUAGUCAGCAACUUUUAAAGAUAACAUUACUUUUGAUAAAGCGUCAUUUUUGUUGUUGAUGACUAGUAUAUACACUGGUUAACUGCAGAAACAAGAAUUUGUCACUACAAUUUCACUGAGAAUCAGCUGCAAUGCUGGAUUAACUAUAGCUUUUAAAGGUGAAUUACAGAGUGGCUGGAGAUUCUUUUGGGAUUUUACUAUUUCUUUGGGAGAAGUAUGGAGACUGAUUCAUAUAAUUUUCUUUUGGUGGAGCAGGGAGGUAGAUUUACUGCUUGUUUAUUUUAGAAUGUGAUUUCCUGACUUUACCUUGCAGACUUCAGCAUUUAUGGGCUGUCUUAGAAGAUGCACCGCUGAUUUAAUUGAAAUCUAAAGUUGUCCUACGGCCCUCUCUCAACUGCCAAAUAUGUGGUGGCUGGCUCCUUAUUCCUGUCUGCUCCCAAAUGACAAUGGAGACCUACUUGCAUGAACAUACUAUAUCUCCUCUCCCAAAUGGCUCUUCCUAGCCCCGGACCUGAUUCUCCCUCUCAAAGUACUUGUCUUCCCCCUAUCUCUCAAGGUGUACUGUGUUGGGAAGGAACGAUGUGGCCAGUCUCUUCCUGUUGAGGAGGAGAAGCAGGAAAUGUUUAAACUUCAGAAGGAAGAGCAAUCACUAACAUUUCAAAAUAUGAGUAACAUCAUCUUUCAGGAUAGCCCAAGAUAGUCUGCAAGGUAAAAAAGUAAGUCAGGGACUCAGAUUUCUAAAGUAAUAGAAAAUCUUGAAGAAAAUGGUAAUUAGCGGAGGAAAAACUUUACUUUUUGGAGUGAAUCCUCUUUUCCCCAGUGUAAGCUACAGUAUACAGGCUGGAUGCAUAUGGUCCUGCAGGGUAAGGGCCUCCGUACUAGCCUGCCAAACAGUGAUAAACUGUUUUGCAACUGCUGGGUUGCACUGUGUGCUGCCCAUGUCAUUCCUUUCCUGAAAGGCCAAUGGUCAGUGGAUUUGCAGAGUCCCUGAUCCACAAGCCCUGCAUGCCUCUACACUGGCAUGGAAAAAACUCGUGUGGAAAGGGGCACAUAACACACCUGCAUAAGUUCCAGGAACUCUGGCUCACCUGCUUGCCCUGUGCAAGGGACCUGCAUCUGUUCCACUACAUUCAGCUUCCUUCAUAGUCCUAGCGGGGGUGUGCCCGAUUCUCAUCCCUCCCCCAAAUGAACACUUCAUUUAGGAAAGAAUUCUUAAGGUCAUGAUAUCUGUUCUGUGUGCGCACAUAAAAUGUUUUUCUUUGUAUGUGAAUUUUUAAUUUGUUUUUUAUGUUGGUUAUAUUGAGCCAGUAUUAAUAUUUAUGCAUAAAAUAUGCAGCACCAAGAAAAAAAAUACAGGGAUUAAGAACCGGUG